GGUGCAGCUGGCCGAGGCAAGGGGCGGCGGGCGGGGGUGGCGGCGGCAGCAGGGGCGGGGGCCGGGGCAUUGGCCGGGGUGGCUACGGGGGAGGACGGCGGGGGUCUUCCCCAAGCUCUCUGAAUUUUGGAUCUGCUAAUCGCUGGUCCACUGUGGGAGGACGGAGAGUGUACUUUGUUGGAUUCUACCGAGGUCCAUCAUACCAAGGAGCAAAGGGCACAGGUGACAGUGGUGGUGGCGGAUUAACAGCCACUGGGCUGUUGGUGCUCCUUCUGGCUCUGAUUGCUGGUGCGGUUGGUGUGUACUACGCCUGGAUUUGUCUGCAAGCCCGGCCACUGCGCCCCAAGAAGCACACGGAUGCCGAGCACGGCCCCCUCAUUCCCCCAGACCCUGACGUCAAUGGCAACCAUGAAGACGUUCCCUUGGAUCCCUCCGCUCCACUGCAGGAGGACGACAACUCUGACGACAAGCCUCGCUCUGACUUGCCCAACCAAGCCGACACCUCCCCACCCCCUCAGGCUGCAGAAUCCCCUGAGGCCCCCAAGGACAAGGAAGACGUCCUCAUCUCUGUUGAAGAUGAUGUCCCUCCAGCUAAAGUCAUCCAUGAGAAAGAGACAGCACCACCAGUCAGCUGUGUUGCUCCCAUAGGCUUUGUGACACCCCCACCUGCUGCCCCACCACAGGAGACACCCAUGGACCACCACUCUGUGCCAAGAAAUCUCCAGCCACAGCCUGAGAAGAUUGAGUCACCUCCAUCCUGCAGUAGUGCCCCAGUGCCUGUGUAUAUUCCUUCUCCUCCUCAGAAAAAGCCCAUUGCCAUAAGUGAUGAGGAGGAUGGCCUACUGCUCCACGAACCAACACCUCAGGAUGGCAGCCUCAGCCCAGACCUGUGUGCCACCUUGCCGGCAUCUCACUCACGUAAGCCUUGCCUGAGGGAAGAACCAGAAAUCAUGUCACAGCCAACACCGCCACCAGUCACUGCACCUAAAUCUGAAGGAGUACCACCUGCAAUCCCACCCAGACAACCAGCAGCUGUGCCCAAAGCUGACACUGCCCCUGAACCUGAAGUCCAGCCUGUAGUGGUGGUGGUGCCACAAGCAGCACCAAGUGGCCCUGAGAAGGAGGAGCUGAAGCCUGUGGGGAAGGCAUUGGACACACUGCCACCAGAGCUUUGUGAUCAGCCUGCCCCAGUUCCCAUGAAAGAUGAUGAAGGACUCCCAAGUGCAGCAGCCACCAAGGAGGAAGCACCUGUGCUAGUUCCAGAUGAAACACCAGCAGCAGAGGCGGCCCCAUCAGAGCCUGUCAAGAAAGAAGCACCCAUUCCAGCACCAAAAGAAGCACCAGUAGCAGAGGCAGUGCCAUCAGAACCUACCAAGGAGGAAGCACCCAUUCCAGCACCAAAAGAAGCACCAGUAGCAGAGGCAGUGCCAUCAGAACCUACCAAGGAGGAAGCACCCAUUCCAGCACCAAAAGAAGCACCAGUAGCAGAGGCAGUGCCAUCAGAACCUACCAAAGAGGAAGCACUCAUUUCAGCACCAAAAGUAGCACCAGUAACAGAGGCAAUGCCAUCAGAACCUGCCAAGGAGGAAGCAUCCAUUCCAGCCCCAAAUGAAGCACCAGUAGUUGGGACAGCCCAACCAGAAUCUGUUAUUGCUAAACCUGAAGAUCCUGUUAAUAAAGAAGAUGAUGUUGAGUCAGAUGACUCACUCUCCAAAGAUGAUCCAAGUGACAACAUUGAAGAUGACGAAGCUCCAAAACACACACCAGAAAAUUAUCAUGCAGAACCCACAGCAGAGAAAACAGAUAUUCCUGAAGAAACAAGAUCAGUGUCUAGUUGCAGUGUCUCCUCAGAAGAGCCUGAGCUUUUCCCCUCUGCUCCUGUCACUACUGAGCCUCCUGCACCCAUUCACUCCAGUCCCCCACAGCCAGAAGACAUCCCUGCCUCACCUAUACCAACUCCAGAGAUGCCCUUAGAUGCCCCCCCAGCAAAUACAACACAGGAGCCACCAAUUAUGCCAGAGAAGGAGCUCACUCCCAGUGUGCCUCUACACUCACCUGAUGAUGAGGCCAAGGAUGCUUCAGAUGCUUCAUCAGAUGCGUCAGAUACAAACAGUGAAAAUGAGGACAUUCCUACAGAGAUGCCAGUCACUCCUUCCAAAACAGAGACAGAUCCUGGCAAAGAGACCCCAGCUAUUCCAUCACAGCCAGCUGCUGACAUACCUAUGGAUGCCUCCAGUAUUCCAAUUGAAGCUUGUAAUGUUAUACCAGACGAUACAUCAGAAGAGGACGAUGGUCUUCUCCCGGUCAUCAAAGAAGAGGGAAGUGCAGAGAAUAAUUCAGAAGGUAGUACAGAUACUGAAAGUAGUGAACCAGAAGUGACUGAAUAUUCUUUUUCCUCAGGCCCUACUGCUCCCUCCACUACUAGUGUCCUUGCCAAUGAAGUCAGCUGUACCCUGGAGCCCAAAGUGACCAAAAUUAACCUUAUCACAGACCUAGAUGACUCAGAAUCAGAAUGUUCAGAGAUCUCCGAUGAAGACUUGGAGGAAGAUGACUUGGUUUCACCUGUAGAAGAUUCAGACGAGGAGCUCCAUGACAAGUCAGACUCUUUGGCAGAAAACAAGGUAAUUUCUGAAGAGAAGCUGGGAAAUACAGCUGAAGGAAGCAUUGCAGCUUCAGAUCAUAAAGACACUUCAGAAAAACACUCGGUUCCUAACAUGAAGUCCGUCACAGCCACCAAUGGACCAGUAGCCAAUGACACACCUGACCCAGCAAGCAAGCUCCCAGAGGAUGAAAUGUCAGACUCUGGUGACUCAGACACAGAAUCUGAAGGUGCAGAAGCAGAGGUUGAGCUCAAAGAGGAGAUAGUCACUGUACCUGCAGUUGUCCAGGAGAACACCAACAAUCACUCUGCAGUUCCCUCCGAGUCUCCAAAAUCUCCAUUAGUAAACCACACUGCUAAACCUGCAGGAACCUGUCCUCCCAAACCACAACCACUCAAGGCUCUCCAAGGUAAUGGCAACUCACUAGAGGACAUCCCCACCACCACGGAUGAAGAUGACGAUGGACUGUCACUCUCACCCUCUGAAUCUUGUGACCUGUCUGAUGGGGAGGUGACAGCAUCAACACCCAAGAAGUCGAUGAUUCCAAGAUUGGUCAAGCAGAGUGAAGCCUAAAGGUAACUGAUGUCCCUCACUACAAGAAGUUGUGGUGUUAACUUUGUGAUAAAAUUUUGUAUAGAUUUAAAGAAUAUAUAUUUUUGUGAUACGACUGAAGGGGCUGCUAGUGUCUGUGGUGUUUGGUGUGAGGUGACCGCUGUUGGCUAUGCUGGAGGUAGUUCACAGGGCUGUACCACUUACCCCCCCUCCAUACUGUUUGUUUUAUUAUUAUCAAGAACAGUGGCAUCUUAGCUGCCAAGGUUUUAUAUGCUUGUUAAUCUGUUUGCCUUCCAUUACAAUAUUGUGAUGUUAAUUUCUUGUGCCAGUUUAUCAAGAACAUUACUUACAUAUUAGCUGGAUUUUCAUUUCUUAUUUUUUAUUUUGUGUAUUUAUUAAAUACUAUUACAGUUUAGCCAGUCUCUCGUUGAGGAAGCCUCUGUAACUUUUUUUUUCCUGCCACACAUUUCAGCAUACAUGUAAUUUAUAUUAAAAUCUCCAUCCUUUUUUUUCCAUUAAGAUACCAUACAGUGUAGUAAAUGAAAGGCUAUACUGAUGCCUUUUUGUUAUAUUUAAUAUUCAUGGAUUUAUUUUUUAUUUUUUAUUUAUUUAUUUAUUUAUUUUUUUAUUUAUUUUUUUUUUAUUUAUUUAUUUUUUUAUUUAUUUAUUUAUUUAUUUUAUUUUUUUUUUUUUUUUCUGUGAUAUCCAAGACUCAAAAUAUUGUAGUGUAACAUGUACUUGUCCAAUUAGAGUUGUCGUCCGUUAUCUUGGUAGUCACAGCUGAAGAGGGCAGAAUGGUGUGUGGUUGUAGUAGCAGUGGUGGUGGUGGUGGUGGUGGUGUGCUGGAGGUUGAGGAGCAUCACCAUGGUGCACUCAUUCACUCAGGCGGCGCCGCCACGUUGUAGUGGCGGCGCUGCUCAAUGUUGCCAUAUUGUGUGGAUUGCUGGGCUUUGUUGUGUUGCUUACCAGGCAGGUUUUUACACAAAGUACAUUUUUAGUGGCUUUUUCUAUGUUCCUAGGAGUAAACUGUUUUACUGUAAUAAUUUUUAACUUUUCGAACAUGCAGUUGUUGGAUGGGAAGGAAUAGAGGUCAGUAACACUGUAUUGAGUCAUUUGUCUGCCUUUUGCAAGCUUGAUUAUGUUAAUUGUUUUGGAUGGGGAAAGUACAGUAUUCUUAAGGAAAUUUCCAUAAGGUUGAUUUACUUUUUGUAUUUUCUUAUAUGACCUCACUCUCCUUGUGAGUGUUUCAUGUUGAAUAGCAAAUUGUAUGCUUGCUUUUACAUCAUUAUUUUAGAGCGAGAACUUUUGUUAUUCAGUUUUUGCCAUCAUGCAUAUACAAAAAAUAUCUCCUUUAGAAGUAUUCAACUUUAUUGUAGGUGAAAUCUGUAUUACUUGACAUAUAUCCUUACAGUUAUGAAUUCUGUUAUGAACUAUUUUUAACUUUUCUCAAAGAAAGAAAUAUAAUGUUCUUGUGCAAAAUUGUAUUUGUGCAAGCAAUAAGUCUCAGUGACAGUCUGCAAAGUGAAGGCAUAAGGAAUGAGCAAGCAGACCUGCACAGUACAAUUCCAACCCUUGCCAAUAAGAAAUAUUUCACUGUACCUAAGACAGUCAUGAGAUAGGUAUAUAUUUUUACCCCAUUUGUUACAGGAGAAAACUUUGCCAUCAGCACAUUUUGUCUCAACAAUCAGGUGUUGUUCACUUCAUAUACCAGGUAGUUUGCUGCAGCAUUUAACUUUUUGUACUCACACAGUAAUGGAAGUGCAUAGUAUUAAAGCAGUUUUCUGAAUUUUUUGUCCUAGAUGUCAUCCUACUAAUGUACAACUAUAUUUUUGUACUGUAUUUAAGCAUGGGUUAUAUUUUUAACAGUCCAAAUUUGCCAUUAUUCUGUAUGUAAUGUAAACUUAAGAAAAGUGCCUCAUACAUUAUAUUUUUUUCUAAAAUGAGAGUGGCCACUGACUAGUGGUAUAGAUGAGUUAGUAUGAAUAAUCCCUGCCCAACCUACAUAGUACCAUUUCUAAAUGAUGUCAACAUUCCAAAACUUAAAAGUGACAUUAAACAAGCUUUGAAGUAUGUUACAGCCUUCAUAACAAAAGGAUCAAAUAAUAAGAAACAUGCUCUUCCCUUGCUGAACACUUUGCAAGAGUGAAAACAAUAUGAAUUAGGUGUAGCACUUAUAUUUUAAGAUGAUAUAUUUUGUAUUUUUCAAGUUGAAAGCUUUCAUAUGACUUAAGUAUUGGCAUGAUACUUCAGCCUACUCAGUAUGUGGAGAAAAUAUCCUGAUCCUGUUAUCAGUGAUGUCAUCAUUGUUUUGUUCGACCUAUUUCUCUAAAAGCAUCACAUCUACUUAUCACUUAGUUAUAAAAACUUCCAAUUGAAGGGUAAUGUCACAAGGACUACUGAGUCCGAAUCCAUGUUCUUGUCAUUAGCAAAGAUGAAGUUUUUUUCAAGUUGGAUGUUUUCCACAAGAAAGUAUUAUUUUCCUGACACAAUUACCUGUAAGAAAGUUUUACCCGUUUAUUACCCGUACAGUAAUUCUCAAUAUAUAUUGCAUAAUACCUAGGAAAUAAAAAAAAAAGCAUGAUAUUAGUAUUAAUUCUCAUGAUACAUACAAACAAAUGGACUGGAGAUUGGUAUUUCAAGAUGGAGCACAAGUCAGGAAAGUGCAUGGGAGUCUCUCAGAUCUGAUGGCACAGGGCCUCUCGAUCACCUUUGGAGGCUCUCUUUCCUUAUUCCUUUGUGCAGUCUUCAGCUUCACACAACACUGAUUGUGUAUUCUAUUAGAAUUAGCCUUUAUACUUCCUUCCUAAGGCUUCAUCAUUCUAUUUAGAUGAAAUUAUAUUCAAUCCAUGACUUUUUGUGCAAUGAUGGUUGUCAAGGUUCUUAAGGGUGUUGCUGCAAGUCACUCACAUGUAAAGGUAUUGCUGCAGGUCACUCAUGCUUAUAGCUGUUCAGAUUUUUUUUUUUUUUCCCACAAGUUAUUUUACGUUGUCUUAACAUGAUUGAUUUUACUUUUUUUUUUUUUUUCAAUUAUUUUUUUGCUACUAUGGAAACGUUUUACUUUAUUCAUCUUUAUUCAGAAUACUAAAACAUAUUGUGUCCUUAUUUAUUAUUAUGUGUUAUUAUCUGUUUUAGUGAUUCACUAGUUGUAGGUUACAUUUUAUCUCAUUGUUUUAAGUCAUUGUAUGUGUUUGACUAUGAAGUAAUGAAACAACCUAGUAAUAGUGUGGAAUACAGGUGACACCUCUCUUUGUUCAUGGGCUGACUAGGUGUUAGUAAUGUUGGUGUGUGAGAGAGAGAGAGAAUGUAUGUGGUACAUGUGUUAAGUGGUUAUAGACAUUGGUGUACUCAAGUCUUGGUUAAGUGAGGUGAUCAAAGCGAAGUGUAAUUUAGUGUCCAUGUGGCAGUUUGUACAACAGUAAAAGGAAUGAAAACUGGUUAGGUUGCCAAGUGUUAAGUGUAGAAGGUGCUGGGGUUCAUGGCUUCCUUAGGAAUGCAGUUUUGUUGUUUCUUCAUGCUUUGCUCAUCAGGAACGUUGGCAUUCAGCAACAAUACAUACUCGUGUGCAAAACCACACCAAAUAACAAGUUACUAUCCAUGCUGUCAUGUAGAUUAGAUAGGAAUAUGUUUUGGGCGUUGCAUCUCAUUUUCAAGCAUAUGUAGCUGUGUAGGGCUCUUCCUGAGCAAGUGAUAUUAAAGUAUUCAUGUCAUCAUAGUGUAGAGUUGUGCUCAGGUGUUCUGCCUUCACUGUAGAAGUAGAUUGGUUUGUCUUAAUGAUGGAAUCACAGCUUUCAUGUAUUGUAGUGGUUUUAGUAGCUUUUAAAAUAUCAUCCUUGUAUAUAGUGGUAGGUUCAUAUCAAGCUGCCCUGUGCCAAGGCCCCCAGAACAAGAGGACUGAGCAUAUAGCUGAUGAUGAUGGAGAUCUUCGCUAGUGAGGUACAGCUUGAGUAAAGGCCUCAUGUCCCAUACCUGUCUUGUGAUGUCACACUUGUAGAGAUGUGUGGCAUCAGCUCCAUGCUCAGGCCCUGUGUUGCAGGAUACCUUGACCAUGCUCAGUUUAUUUAAGGUCAUGUAUAAAUGGUUAGAUCAUAGUAGUUCCUGUGUAUGUGGGUAAUGAUGAGCAUUAUAGUACUAAUCAUGGUAAGUUUUUACUAUAACCAUUUUGUUUGUUUAUAAAGAAGAGAUCUUUUAAAUUGAGAUGAUGCCAUACUUAGAAGAAUAGUGGAUUACUGAUCAACUCAGAUAUUGAACCUACCACUGAUUGUUAAGUUUAAGGCUUCAUGUUAGUUAAGGCAAGCAAGCUAGCUACUUUUAUACUGUAAGGUAUACUAUAAGGUAUACCACCCAGAGUCUCAGAUCUGGGAAAAAGAUGAAUGCCCCCGGUGAUGAAGUUAUGUGAACCAAAUCAGUUAGUGGCUGUGGCAGUGUGGAAGUUUUAUCAUUAUAACCCACAAAUUACAGAGGUAUUUUGCGAUUUUAGUAUCUCUGUACUAUACACACACUGUGAUGUCCUCUAUACUCAAGGAAUUUGGUGAACAUGAUUACUAAAAACCACUUUGAGUGGUUUGAAUGUUCAUUAGUCUGUAGGUUAGUGUUGUCAUCACUGAUCUUGCAAUUUAUGUUUUGAGAUUGGUGGUUACACCAUCACACCCUCGCACAGCAUGUUUCAUUAAUACCCACCCUUUGAAUGCAUUACUAACAUUAAGUACCUGCUUUUCAUUAUUCCAUGGUUUGUUCAUCUCCAUAUAGGUAAACAGGUAGUCAGGUAGCCAGAUGCUAUAGUUCAAAAUAGCCAACCAUUUAGUGGAUCCCAGCACCUUGUUCUUCACCAACACUUUGAUGGAAUCACUUGAGGCAUGAAUAUUUUGAAUAUUACACAGACAAUUUGUAACUGUCCAUGCCAUUUAUGCACUGAUGAAUAAAGAUACACAAGUCAACAA